UAAGCACACGCAUCAUUCGCGAUGUUUGUAUUAGUUAGUAAUAGUUUGAGUAUAAAGGUGUUGUUAUGAUAGACAUGUGUUAUGUUUGGUAUGUUCGCAGACCCGCAGAAUGUAACGAGGCUCAUUGAUAUCGCAGACUAUAUGAAGAGGGCUUCGAUGCGGGAGGAAAACCUAAAGCGAUAACUACUUAGUGGUCUUCGUGGAACCAGAGGUGGGAUUAAGGAAGGGCGAGUAAAUUGGAAGGGAAUUGCAUUAGUAUGCCUGUACCGAGGAAACAGCGCAAAGGACAUCGUCAGCAAGUGAAUGGACUCUACGUGCACUCAAGUCCACCGAGAGUUCUUCAGAUCAAUUCUGCUCAUAUAAGACAGGCCAUCAGGUCCGGGGACAUCGAGAAGCUCGAGAACAUCGUGUACGAUGGUCAAGGCAAGAAACUGAUCGGAGAGUACGCUUCUGAUUACAAAGUUCGUAGCUUCUUGAAGACCGUUCCCAGUUUGAUGUCUAAGAUAAGUUUGCUGCACGACGCUGUUAAUAGCGGUCGAUUGGAGGAGCUGCAGUCUUUGCUGGACGAGGAAAACGAAAAGAACAGGAAGAAAUUGGUUUUGGCUAAGGACGAGUCAGGUGUUGGACUUCUUCAUAAGGCUGUAUACUAUGAUUUGAAGGACAUAUCUGAAUGGAUACUCAAAAACUAUCCAAGCGCUGCAUCGUUGAAAGAUACUGACGGAAGAACAGCAUUUCACUACACACCGAUGUGUCAGAAUCCAGGUUCUAUCCAGAAGAUGUUAAAAUCAGCUGGAGCCGAUCCAAGCGCAUUGGACAACAGACAGAGAUCAGCUAGAUAUUACGCGGAUCACAUCUCCGAACUCGAGUUGCCCAAUUCGCACAAAUCCAAGCUGAAUUCCCGCAGGAACACAACAGUGAAAGACAGUAAGUUGAAAUCGCGUGAGAUCCUUACUCAAAUCGAACUUAAAUUCCUCCCACGACGUCCCCAAUUACCUCCAACACAUU